GUCGUCCUCAGUGAAGGACACACACAUACCUUCGAGUUACGUUAAAUAAAUAUUCGAUUUUGUUAAACAGUCAAAAGUUAUCAAAGAAAAGGCCAGACACUCUAAUUUGAUAAGAGUCGACCUGUAUUUUGCCACCGAGAAAUAUACAACUAGGAACUCCAUUCCUUUUACACCGGUGUUCACUAUUAAGACCACCAUGCAGGCAUUAAAGUGUCCAUACUUAACACGCAUCCCAGCAGCGGCGAUCAAGCAGAAUGCGAACAGUAUCCUGUCACGGGCAAACAAAUGCCCAGUGAUGAGCCAUAUGAUGAAGUAUGCUUCGUGCCUCUCUGAUUCGCCAAUGAAAGAUCCAGAAGAAGCUUCAAGUGCUUUGAAGAGGUGUCCUUUCAUUGUGAAGAAGGUUGAGACGUUUGAGAAUGGCGAUAAAAGUGAUAAAGAUGUAAUCGACUUGGCUUCGAAAGCUGUGGUGGAAGAAUUGAAGGAGAAUAAUAUCGACCUUCCCAAGGACUGUCCUUUGUCUGCAUCCAAACUUGACACCAAGUUGACGCUGUCUGAUGCUGCAUCUGAAGAUAAUAAUACUUCGAGGUGUGAAGUAGGAGGGUCAAAUCCAGACAAGUGCGACCUUGUCAAGGUGCUGAAAGAGAAGUAUGCGGUGCAGACGGAGCCGGCGCUGGAAAAGUUGUUCCAGCGGUCGAAGGAUGAAAAGGCGGUGUUGUUGCAUGAGGGGCCGUUGGAAGUCGAUGAGGCUGAAAGGGGUAGUGAAAAGACUUUCUUCGAUUACGAUGGUUUCUUCGUCGAUCGUAUCGCUGCAAAGAAGAAGGACAACACUUAUCGUGUCUUCAAGAAGGUCAGACGCCAGGCUAAUAAUUACCCCCAUGCGAAGGAGUUCUCGGGGAACGAGAAGAGCGUCAAAGUCUGGUGCAGUAAUGAUUACAUGGGCAUGACUUUCCAUCCAAGAGUUCAAGAAGCGGUUAUACGUGCUGUCAAAGAGCAGGGUGUGGGGACCGGCGGUACCCGGUCCAUCUCGGGCAACACCAUUCACCACGUUGAACUCGAGGCUGAGUUAGCGGAGCUCCAUCAGAAGGAGGCGGCGUUACUCUUCACGUCAUGUUACGUGGCAAAUGAUUCAACGCUGUUCACGCUUGCGAAGGCCUUGCCUGGGUGUCACAUUUUCUCUGAUGCGGGCAAUCAUGCAUCCAUGAUACAGGGCAUCAAGAACAGCGGUGUGCCAAAGCAUAUUUUCCGUCAUAAUGACCCUGAGCAUCUCGAAGAAUGCUUGAAAAAGAUCCCAGUAUCGACUCCUAAAAUCGUUGCCUUCGAGACUGUCCAUUCGAUGACUGGCGCUGUUUGUCCCCUGAAGGAACUCAGUGAUGUCGCCCACAAGUAUGGUGCCAUGACGUUUGUGGACGAGGUCCACGCUGUUGGUCUAUAUGGUAUGACAGGUGCCGGUAUUGCGGAACGCGAUGGCUUGCUGGAGCAUAUAGAUAUCAUGUCGGGGACAUUAGGAAAAGCUUAUGGCAAUGCCGGGGGAUAUAUAGCUGGUUCUGCUAAUUUUAUUGAUACCAUUAGGAGUUAUGCUGCAGGAUUCAUCUUCACGACUGCCCUGCCUCCGACAAUCAUUGCUGGAGCAUUGGAAUCAGUCCGUAUAUUGAAAGGCGAGGAAGGCAGAUGGUUGCGUCAACGCCAUCGGGAGAAUGUCACGCACUUGCGAAAGAUUUUGAUGGAAGCAGGUCUACCGGUCGUUCAUUGCCCGAGCCACAUCAUUCCAAUCAAGAUUGGUGAUGCAGCUCUUUCUACCAAAUUGUCCAACGAUCUAAUCGAGAUGACUGGCAACUACAUCCAGGCAAUCAACUAUCCAACCGUUCCGCGUGGUGAAGAAAUGCUGAGGAUAGCCCCCUCACCUCACCAUACAGUGGAGCAGAUGAAUGAACUUUUGAAGGACCUCGUUCACGUCUUCAAACACAACAACAUCGAUCUGACAUCACCAGUCUGCCAGCCGGAGUGCGAGUUUUGCCAAAUGCCGCUGAAAUUUGACAUCCUCACAGCUGUGGAAAAUAUAAGUUCCGAACUUGCAGAGAGAUUUGCUGAGACAAAUGGAGGCCUCCUGGUUUCUUCUUCAUAAGCUAUUUCCCUGAGAGUGACCAACCUAAAUAAAGAAUAAAUCCAAAUAUUAAGAAAUUGUUUGAAAAAUCUGGCUUCUUUUGAAAAAAACACAGGAAUCAUGAAUUGAUGUUAAGACUACUAUUAAGUUUUUGGUAUAGAAUAUUUUUGUUGUGAGGUUUGAGUGAUGUACUUAAAGUACUUAAGAUAUGUGUACCUAAAGAUUUAGAUACUUUAGAAAUGAGCCUUCAGAGAUUUUAUCGAUAGCAUGAAAUUAUGACCUUUCUGUUUAAUAGGUUGUCUUCCUAGCCGUGGUAUAAAGCUUUCUGCAUCUAGGGGCUAAACAAAUGCAUGGCUUUCCUUAUACCAUCAUAUCAUCAUAAGUUCCUCGCCAUGAAAUGCUUGUGUUGAGAUAUUGCUAACUUAGCUUUUACAUAUCUAACAAAUUGCUUUAGCUUGUUUAAUAGGUAGAAUUAAUGUAUUGCACAGAUAUGAUUAACUAUAUAUAAUAAAGUAUUUAUCUUUUAUGCUUAUGCGAUAGUUGUUAUCUUUCUACUGCUGUUCCUCUUGCUAAAUGCACGUGCUUGUAGAAAUACAUCAUCCAACGGCCAGCUUUCUCAUGGUUGAGGUAUUGCUGUCCAUACUUCUAUCAAGCUUUUUCCACAAUCCUGCUUAAAUCGCUUGGGCAUCCCGGAGUGCGCUUGAGGAUGGAGCAGCUCCAAAGCACAUCACCACCCUGUGGAAUCGGCAGCACCCUUUCCGGGCUUCUCUUAGGCCGAACAGAAUAAAUGUAUUGUUUCUUGUCGUCGUAACAACCAAACUCAACACAAUGCAGCCCCGACCCCCACCCCGCAAGAAAAGUAUAUUGUGAAAUUACUCCACCCCCCCUUCCCCCCCGGACAACUAAAGAUCUUUCAACUGACUGAAAGAACUUUGGCCUAAAAUCUCAAUUCUGCCAUGCAUGAACCCUUCUUCAAUAGGCUGAACAUGCUGAAUACAAUCGAUGUAAAAACACAAAUGAUAAAAUAAAAAGUUUUUUUGACCAUCCUAACCUUAAGUUUUUGGGCUGUUGCAGGCAUCAUGACAUAUAUUCUGUUGGGCCUAACCUCUCGCAUCAUCAACGGCCAGCUUUGCAAGGUUGUGGUCCUCUGUCCAUGCUUGCUCUAUCUCGGGUUCUGCAAUAAUAGAGAAGUUAGGAUGAAUGACUCCAACUCGUCUUGGGGGGGGGGGGGGGGGGAAAUUGCAGUCACUUCCAAGACAUCUUCAAUUUAACCAAUUUUGAAGAACAAUUUCACACUGAUGAACCACCUUUAUAAGAAUAUCUGAACAAUUGAAUUGGAAGUGUGUAUAAGCCGCAAAUAAUGAAGUCCAUUCCAAGUUGGGAGCGGCAGCCCUGACUUCCAUCAUUUCAAAUAUUCCGGUGUACAAAGAUUUCAUAACAAUUUGAAAAAGUUCUUCAAUUUAGCAAAGUCGAAAGCAUUACUAUACAAAUGUGCGAUUUCAGGUACAUUGACCUGACACAAAUCCACUGUUGCGAAGUGUGUUGAUGAAGGGUAACGUGAUCAUUAAAUAAAAAAACAAACCACAUCAAUUCAGGGCAUCAAUUCCAAUAAUGUUUAUUUUUCGAGCAAUUACUUUGGCCAUUGAUUUGCCAUGGUUCGACUGACGGAUUUCCAUCUGGAUCAGAGAGGGGGGUGAAGAUGGAGAGAUGAAGUGUCGGUAAAUAGCAUUUAAAAUCGUUCGAAUUACAGUUUACUUGUGAGACACAAGCGAGAUAAAUCAAAACUGACAAAUUUCUGUGCAUAAAUAUUGGCACAUGAAAUACAUUGGGCUUUUAAAUUGGCUAUUCAAGGAAAAACAUCAGCGCCAAAAACAUACGUCGGCAAUGUUGGUGAAAAUGACGUCAAAAUUUAAGGACAUCAUGGAGUCGCCCACAGUCGGGCACCUGCGAAAAUGACACACUUCGCCUCGACAGUGGUCGUUAUGAUGCAAUAUACAAUCUUGUGACGUCACACCAUGUAAAUGGCAGCCACCAUGGACCAGUGCGUUUUUUUGGUGGCAAUUGCCAGCCAAACAUAAAUACACCCAUAGUAGGCAUAUGCAACCCGAUAUCCGCUCAGAAAUUUCUGUGGCGUUUUAAAUGCUCACUGUGGUUAAGGUGAUGAAGAGGAGAGCAGCUCCAAUCUAAAUCUAUUCACUCUUUAAGAAUUGUUGCACACCGUUGGGCGUAUUGUAUACUUUCAGUUUUCUGACUGUGGCGUGGCUAUGUGAGGAACCGUGCACGGAUUUUCAAAAGUUGGGUUUUAUUUUAGGUAGUAAAGUGCAUUGAAUCCAUUGAAUUUUGCCAUCGAGUGAAAUUUUUUUUUUCUGGGGCAACAUAUUGAUGAAUAUUUCUGUAUUUAUCUCAUGACAUUCUACCAAUACUUCAUCCUUAAUUUUCUUCCCACCAUCAACUGAUUUUGACGCAUGGCUUAAGGAUCGACUACCUCAUCAUGAUGAGUACUCCAGUGAUGGGAUUACUCGGGAAGAUGCUGCUAUUUUAGGUGCUAAAGAAGCUUUAUGUUAGCACGUCACUGCCUCUUGAGCUGCUUUCCUAUAAAUUGCCAACUAGCUGGUUAGUAGGCCACAUAUUCAUCUACUCUUUGGUUUGCGGGCACCAGAAAAUUUUAAAAACUCUAAAAUUUAGAUACAAAUGAAAAUGACAAGUGAAGUCUGUUAAUAAAUGUGAUCUAAUAAAAUAAAAUAAGUAUCAAAAGCUCAUGUAAUCCACCAGGGCUGAGUUGUUCAAAACCACGUUCGUUUUAACGGCGCUGUUAAGUCUUAACGUGGAAAUUUUGUUGGGAUUAACUGAAAGAGUAGCGUAACCAUAGCCAGUCUCAGGUUGGUUGCUCUAAGGUAAGGGAUAACGUGACUUUUGUGCUUUCGAACAACCUGGAUGCCAGCUCUUUUACAAAACAUUCUCCUAUACUGCUGUUAAUUGCAAAACAUUUGCAGGCACUUUAUUUUUGCAAACUGCAAAUAAUCCUGAAUAAUGCCUUUAUAACUUCUGACCAUGAUUAUUGCUGACAUUGUUGGUUUUAUUUUCCUGUCUGGUCCAAUAAAACUUUGGUUACCUUUCAGCUUCAUUGCCCUUCAGCCAAACAUCUAGAAAGUGUGGCCUCGCUAGAAAUAAACUCAGGUCCCUUGGUUGUGUUACGUUUAAUGUGUUCGCUGUUGUGUAUUAGAAUAUCAAUGUACGUGUAAACAUGCAUUAUUGCUUUGUCAGAAGAGAAUUUUAAUCAUCAUCACCAUCAUAUUUGGUUUUGUCUUUGGAAAGGCCAAGAGCAAUAGCAUGAAUUAGAGUCUGUCGCUAUUAUGUAUUUUUGACGAUUCUUUGUGAGCCUCGAGUUAUGCAGUGGAAUUAUCUUUAGCUUUAUGCUUACUUUUAUAGAAACUCAGUCAUACAGAUGAAUACUGCUAUAAAGAGGGGUGAGAGGCAAGACCACAAUUGAUUUUUUAAGCCUUUUAGCAGUUAAAUUGUCAAUGUUUGACCGCGACGCAUCAAAUAAUGCGUGCGGUUGUGAAUCUGAAAUUUAGAUUAUGUUAUUCCGAACAGUCGGGCAAGUAAAUGGUGAAAAAUAAACUGGUGAUUGACCACGGAAAUUUUUUGAUAAUUGACAAAUUAGACAGACUUUGAUAUUUCCACUCUUUUCAGCCAACUGGCAGAAAAAACUCAAAACACGCCCCCUAUUACCAAAUUAGCAAAAAUCGAAAUUAAUUUUUUCAUCAAAUAAUUUCUUUAUAUCUGUAGACUUGCCACAGCAAAUAUUUUUUCAAUACCUCUCCAAAUAUGUACUUGAGAGUUAAAAACGUGCACUCGUCUAAUUGAUAGGCCUCGACCCUCCAACCUAUGAAUAUUCAUUAGUGGUCUUGUCUCGUGAGUGCAAUAUUUUGAGCUGAGGGGGGCUGAAACCCUUUAAAUUUUAAAAAUCUCCCAAAAAGGGGAAACUGGAGGGGUAGCGCUUUUAAAUUCAGAACGUUAUCAUUCUAUCAUUGCUUGUUGAUGAAACCUUGUUGAAAUAACUUUCUGUGAAAUCGCCCAUUUGUAUAGUGAUGCCUUAGACUUUGCUAAAUUGAAGAACUUUCUCAAAUUGUUAUGAAAAUCUUUGUACACAGGAAUAUUUGAAAUUCUAAUCCGGACAGGUGGAAAACGUGGCAUCCUCAUGAUGAUGUCUUUUUUGUCAUUGUUGUAGAAUGCGUUAUCCAUGGUCGUAUCCCAGAGGGAACGGAAAAAGCGCUACAGCUGAAAUACAUUUUCAAAAUUGAGUGCGAUAUUUGGAAAUGAACCCCCCUUUUGAAAAACUUGGGGACACCCAUGGAACUAUCUUACUCAAAUGAUUUCCCUUCGAGCACUACCAGAAAUAUGUAUCUCUAUGUAAUCUUGUGUAAUAAAAUCUUAUAAUGAACAGCGAAACAUAUAAGGCAACAUUGUAAAAAGUAUACGCCAGAUACCAAGGGAAAUUAGGUCUGAUUUAGAAUUUAAUAAACGAUAGUAUAGAAUUUGAUUUAAGACCAAUUAGGUCAGAUCUUAAUCAGUUAUUAGCUUUCUGCACCAAAAUUAAUCAGCUGUGUGCUUUUGAUUGAUUGUGACAUUAAUAUUGGAUGAAAUUAUUACUUGUGCUUUUAAAAAUUUGUUUAUGUAGUUCGGAGUCUAUGACCCAUGUUCCAGUAUUUUAUUUCUUUGGAUCAGCAAAUUAGAUGUUAUUAUUAUAGAGAUUGUUACUUUAGAAUUGUUUUAACACCUAGGGCGCCGAGUGGUUUAACCUGAAUGUCUCUAUUUUACUAUAUGAUUGGAGAAAGAAAACCCUAUGUCUCAAAUGAGUGGUCUAGUAAUACAUAGCGUCCAUUGCAAGCAUUGCAGUUCCCUGGUAGUGUACCUGGGGACGCAACAAAUUCUAAGGUAAGGUAUGGAGUCGACAAUCACCACGUGACAAUCGCCACAUUAGGUGGCCAUUUUUAUGAUGCAACUAUAGUGUCAUACGAUGUCGCAUGCUAGACGGGAUUGUCCUUUACCUUUAUCGCACAAUAUACACUAUAUAUCUAACUGUACGAACUUUAAAAUUACACUAAAUAUACACUAUCUAACUGUACGAAAUUAAAUUUUUUAUAAUUAUAUGUGUAAUAACAAUAUUAUGUUGCACUUAAAAAUGCAGACAAAACCAUGAUGCAGACUCAAAUAUUCUCAUGCAGUCAUUUUAAAAGAAGUCUUUCAUUAAAAAAGCAGUGUCUUUCAAGAUCCUUUCCUCUAUGGACAGGUACAUAUAGGCACAGCCAUUUUGGCUAGAACUUGAAAUCUUAAGGCAAUAAGAACACUUUCAAAACAAAGUAAAUGUCAAGUUCAAGGGUGGGAAUCAGUUCUUUUUUUCCGGAGAACAGACCCGGUGUGCAAGGGAUAGUAGUCCUAGGGCUGAUAGUCCGUGUAACAAUAGCCCGCGUUGCUAAAUGUUUUGGUUAGGGUUAGCGGUACAAUAGAUCAUGCUGCUUAAUAGAUCAAAUACAAUGCUAUCGGACUAUGACUCCAGGGGGACUAUAUCCGCUGUCACACCGGCCCACCCUUAAAAUUGGAAUUCAAUUCAUUCUGCAAGAGCUCUAAUUGCUUUAGGAUUCCAAGUUCCAGCCAGAAUAGUCAGGUGCCUAUAUCUAUCAUCAACCCUUAACUAACAUUACUGGAACAAUUCUGUCCAGAUGCUUUUUUGGCCUGGCAGAGCCAAUAGGUUCCUUGUCAUAAUGUCAAGCAUCGAUUCGAGGCCAAAUUCAAAUUCCACUUGCAUCAGUUUGAAAAGUUACUCGAGGGCAUUUUAAUUUCCAUCACAUAUCAAGGACUAACAUUCACUCUUACCGAGUAACAACAUGGGCAUUGCAAUUAUCGCACAGACAACAGAUACAAUUUGAAGGAGUUAUAGCCUGUUGGGUAAAAAAAAUUCUUCAGGAUGCUGUGUUUUGGUGCAUCAGAAAUUGUACACAAACGUUGUACUUACGGUUUGUGCACUUUCGAAUAAGUAUUUGUUCAUGCCCUACUAAGGAACUCUGAAUUGUGGCUCAGACAUUUAUCUUCACAGUUGUUUUCCAUAUCGUAUUGCCCCCUCUCUCCCCUCCCCACGGCGUAAUAUACCUUAGGGGCAGUGUGUGCGUUCGUUUAUUAAUGUGUCUGGUGAAUAAUGAAAAAUAGUGAAAUAAAUUAAUAAGGCAUUCAAAUUGAUAAAUAAUGGUAAUAAUUGUAUUGAAAAGUUUGUAACAAAUGGUAAGACAAACUAAUUAGCAAAACUAAUUAGCAUCACUUUAGCUGGAGACGUACAUUAACAUAAGACUAGUCUCUUUAUAUGAAAACAUGUAGAUUAGUACUGCUAUACGCUCAAUGCAGUCAUAGGCCUACUAUAUUAAGGAUGCUUUUCAUAAUUGACUGUAUGCCUGAGGACAUAUAGAUAGAUAGAUGAAAUAAGAAAACAGAUAUGCCAAAAUUGGUAUUGGGAAAACACAAUAUGGUCUAGAUAGAUAAAAUAAAAAAAUAGAUAUGCCAAAAAUGGUAUUGGUGUGGGAACCACAAGAUGGUCUAGAUAGAUAAAAUAAAAAAAUAGAUAUGCCAAAAAUGGUAUUGGGAACCACAAUAUGGUCUUCUUUGUGACAGCUGGGACCCCCUCUACAAAAUUUCACAGUUUGUGCCAUCAGCUGUUUCCUCAACUAAAAUUUCAAAGUUUAUGCCAUUUUAUUAAAAUUUCAGUUUGAUUGCCAUCAACCAAAAUUUCAUAGAUUAUGUCAUAGGUUUCCUAUACUAAAAUGUCAUAGUUCAUGCCAUCAACUGUCUCUCUGCAGAAAUAAUAUAACCUAUGUAAUGUAUGCCAUGAACGGGUUGCGCAUGGUGGGCUGCUGGCAGCGAUGUUUGUAACAGGCUGCAACAAGUGCCAUCUACAUUAUGAAAAAAUUUGCGUGAAAUCCAGGCAUUCCGGAAACCGUCAAACGGAUCUGACCAAUUAUUCAGAUUCAGUAAAACUACUCAAACAGCAAUAUAUUGCUUCUGUAAAACACACACAUAUCAUGAUAUAGCUUUUCAUAUUUCAUGAAGAAAUCAAUCUUGGUGGCACUAAAGUAAAUGAAUCAUUUUGAAAUUGUUGCAUUUCCUAGCUUUCAGGUGGCUUUGGUCGCGACCUGUGAUGGUGCAUCUUGACCCGCAAUUUAUCGACAUUGCUAAGCUUCUACGGAGGCAAUACUGCUGGAAGUUUAAGUAGGAGGGCUUUGACUUGCGACUGGUCCUGUAAACGGAAAUGUUUGCGUAUUUUUAAUUUUGUGUUUUUUGGGAUGAACAAAAUGCCUGAAAACAAAACACUGUAAAAAACAAGAUGAAAUUACUAUUUCAGUCUGUUCUCAAAAGGAUGAAUUGAAAUAAAAACACCAAGGGUGCUAUUCUCAAAUCCACAAAUUAUAAUAGCCACAAAUAUUUCCCUGUUUACGGUGUGAAGGUAGAACUUGCCAGUUUUUAUGCGGCUUGAUUUAGGUUGUGAUUUCUCACUCAACACAAUGUACAGUCCAAAUCACAAUUGUCAUUCCUGAAUUUGCGUCAUUGGCGCGUCAGUGACGCGCUACCCAGGGUGUAGAUGGCGUGUAAUAUACGCGAAACAGAGAGAUGAGCGUGUCAUGCGUGCGUCAUUGACGAGCUACUCGGCACGCAACCCGAGCGUAUGUUGCGUAUCGAAGACACGAAGCAGGAUGGAUGUCAUUUCUGAUUUGGACUAUGUCGUCAGAAAAACAGUGUACGAGAAUUACAUUUAGAUAACAGUCAUUGUAUGAAUCUCAAUAAAGCAUACGUAUACCUCA